AUGCAGCACAGCCUUGAAGCUACAUCCACCUCCUGCAGCCCAGCGGGCCAAGACCCUCCCGAAGUGGAACGGUGCCACACACGAGCGCCGGGUGAGACGGCAACCCAGGUGGACCAACACAGGUGCAAAACUCUGCAAAACUAGCACAUCUCUCGCACCACCAGGCCACACGCGGCCCAAGCCGUCAAGUAAAAAGGGACCCCCAGAAACCAAGGAGAGAGCAGGUGAAAGACGGAGAAGGUGGGCGGCAGCGGGACAUGGAACCCAUAGAGACCCCGACUCUCCUGCCGACCCCGGGCGGGAAAUGCUAGCUCAUGCCGACGCAAGGAGCCAGAGAGACAAGCUUGAAGAUUCAUGCCCCCCUACGGUGCGAUCUGGAUCUGGCCUGACUGCCACGGGCAUAAGCCGAGACAUCUAUAUGUCAGAGGACACUCGGUCUGUUAAUGGCCUUGUAAUACUGCUCUCCAAUUGCCAUUCUUAA